UCAAAUAUGUAAGCGAUUUCCGCUGUAGAAUCUAUGGAUGAGCAAAUCGCCAAGAAUAAAUUACUGACAUUAUCGAUGUAAAGCGUAAACAUUUCCAAAACAAGUAGUAUUGCUUAAAAUUGACGCCGGAUUUGUAAAGAAAUUACAUACAUAUUUUCUGUAAUCAGCUGAGAGUUGUUCUUAUUAUUAUUUUUUUUUUGCAAGCAAAACAUGCCAUCUACACUAUAAUUAAGAGAGCGGGCACCUGUUGGCCGAUAAGAUAUUGAAUAACAACAUUUGUUGAAUGAAUUAUACAAUUAAAAAGUACAAUAAGGCAUUUAAGAGAUAGCAAGUAAGAGCUUCAACUUUUUAAACAAUUUAUUGUGAUAAAAAUACCCAUAGUAUAGAUACGUCUUAAUCGUCGGAGCUGGUAAGCAUUUCACAAGUUAUAAAACUUGGUAAUGGCCAACGCGUCAGAGCAGUUUAACGUUAUUUGGCAAAGUGCUAGCGUUGUUGUGAUAUUCGCGGUAGGUGCUAUUUAACUUCUCGGAACAAUGAGACUUAAACUUUUGCCAUUCUUAUACCUGAUGGUGAUACUUGCGACUGUGCAAGGCUACGUUGGGCCUGAUAUCAGGCUAGGGCAAAUUCAAAAUCGCAUUAUUUCCGGUACACCUGCUUCGUCUGGACAAUUUCCCUGGCAAGUGAUAUUGAAAUUAGAUCCUCAGGACGAUUUGCUUUGCGGUGGUUCGAUUAUUUCCACAAUAUGGGUACUCACUGCAGCACAUUGCACCUAUGGACAAUCUUCUAUGUUUCUAAUGUUUGGUACCGUGUUAUUUAACAAUCCUAAUGCAUUGAAUAUGACUGCAACACAAUUAUAUGUUCAUCCCAAUUAUAACGAUGCGACUCUAAACAAUGAUGUGUCACUUAUUCAACUACCAACAGCAUUAACAUUUAGCAAAACCAUACAACCCAUACAGCUGGUGCCAAGCUCGUAUGCAAACUUCAAUUUCAUUGGCCAAAUAGCCAUGAUCGCUGGUUUUGGUUUAACUGAUGAUGAAAAUUUGGAUUUUUCAAAUAAUUUACUCUAUGCACAAGUUGAAAUUAUUAAUAAUAACAACUGUGAAUCGGUAUUUGGAGCAAAUGUGGUUAUUAGUUCAACAUUAUGUGCUCAAGGUGAAAAUGGCACUGAUAUGUCAAUCUGCAGCGGCGAUUCUGGUGGACCAUUAAUAACAACAGAUCGAACGGGCACGUGGAUGCAAAUCGGAAUAAAUUCAUUUGUUGCAGAAGAUAUGUGCACUGAGGGUUACCCGUCGGGUUACGCACGCUUAACCUCAUUCCUGGGUUACAUAUCGCAGGUGACGGGCAUAGCUUUUAAUAGCACUUGAAAAGUACUUGCCUUGAAAAAAAGAAAUAAAUUUGGCUAUUUUAAUA